CUCACAGGCAGUGCAUUCGAUGCGGUCCCGGCUGCGCUCGAAACCAACUGCGCGGACCAAGAAGGUCAGCGCCCGGUGCAGCGAUGGGCGGAACCACGAUUUUCUCGCAGACGACGAGGUCAGCAAGGUGCACGUGGCGCCCCUGCCCAUGCACGUGGAGGAGAAUCGAACGACUGUCGCAGAUGGCGACAAUCUCGAUGAAAUCGAUCAAGAGGAAGCUAUGAUUGCUGAAGGGCUUGUGUCGACGUCGACGACGCGCGCCCCGCAACAGCAAUCAGCUUACAUGACUCGCCACUUCAAUAGCGCUCAUGUCAUGGGGCUGUCGCCCAUCGAAGAAAUGAAGCUUGCCCAGGGUGAAUUCCAAGCCAGGGCUGCCACCAGCAUGCGCAGUGCCGGGCCAGCAGAACUCAUGAGCGUCGCGUCGGUUGCGUCGUCGAUGGUCAGUAUUAUCCACCCUGACAGCAACAACUCGGAGAGCAAAGGCGCCAAGGACGCCGGGCCAGUUCGACGAACGUCCGCCGUACAGGCCCUCUUGACCAAGUUCCACCCGUUGGGGGCCGACAAGCCCGCAGGACCACACAUUCGCCACAUUCACCAGAACACGGUCGACCGACUUCCAGAAGACGACAUCCGUCGGCUAUCGGCGACGUUCCGCAAGGACGUCGAGGCCAUGACUCCCCAGCAAGCACUUAGCUUUGUCGAAGAUGCAGUGAAGACAGAAAACAUCAUCAAGCAAAAAGCCAACGACCGCCGCGUGAAGAAGCUCCCGUGGUACCUCAUUCACCCCAUGGGGCCGUUCCGCCGGCGAUGGGACAUUGUUAGCCUUUGCUUGCUUUUGUACACGGCCACUUGCACGCCGCUGCAACUGAGCUUCCCUACGCAUUUGGACAUGGCGCUGCUAACGAAGCUGGACCUGUUCGUCGAUUGCUUCUUUCUCAUGGAUGUGUGUCUCAACUGCGUCUCGACCUACGAAGUUCGUGGCCGCUUCGAGCGGCAAUUGCCGCGCAUCAUGAUGCGAUACCUUCGAUCGUGGCUCUUCAUGGACCUGGUCGCGUCGUUCCCAUACAACAUCGUCACCUUGUACAUUGCAAACGUUGACGACGGCCUCCGCCUCUUCAAGCUCCUGCUCCUGACUCGGUUCCUUCGCAUAUUAACGCGACUCGAGUACUCGCUGCUGGUCAAGUCGACUGUGAGCGGCCUCGUCAAGUUUUUCAUCCUUGUCAUGAUGACAUCGCACUUUUUCAGUUGCGGGUUUUACAGACUGUCGGUGCCAAACCAAGUCGACGGAUGGGUCGCCAGACACAGCCUCGGGAAUCGAACCCUCUACGACAAAUAUGUCACGUGCUUUUACUGGAGCAUCAUGACCAUGACGACGGUGGGGUAUGGCGAUGGUACGUUGCGUGGGCAGCGAGGGCGGCAAGCAUAUCAGGUCGUGUGCCGUAGUGACGGGUCAAACAACGCCCGAGCGGCUGUGGAGCAUCUUUGCCAUGGUGAACGGCGCUUGGAUCUUUGGCUAUGGCAUCACAAAUGUUGUGUCGAUGGUGAGCAACUUGAACAUGGCGGACACGCAGUUUCAGCGAAAGAUGGACUUUGUGAACAAGUACAUGGACGUGCGAGAUUUGCCGUUGGAACUGCGGGCAGAAAUCCGCGAGUUCUAUUUCAACACGCGCAUCACGGUCGACUCCAAGCUCAAAAACGAGAGCAAGAUCUUGAGCGAAAUGUCGGCGUUGCUACGGUCCAAGGUCGCGCUCGCGAUCAACGACUCGGUGCUGAACAAGAUGCCGUUCUUCGAAGGCGCGGACCACAACUUUCUCAUGGAGCUCGCCUUGUCCAUGAAGAUGGUGUGCAUGCCACCGCACGAGGAGGUUAUCAUCGAAGGCGAGAUUGGCGAAGAAAUGUUUUUCAUCUUUCGCGGUGCAGUCGAAGUGUUGAAAGUGGGCAUCCAAGUUGCUGUGCUCGGCGAGAAACAAUACUUUGGGGAAAUGGCAAUCUUGAAUGAAAACUGCCUCCGCACAGCGACCGUCAUGACACUAUGCUUUUGCGAGCUGCGCAUGCUCACGCGAGAAAAAUUCCUCUUGGCGUUGACGCAUUACCCCAGCAUGCGUCAAAAAAUCGCCAAGAUCAUCCACCGCCGCAACCAGGCUGUCGCGAGGGUCGCCAAGGCUGCCAACGGUCGACGGCUAUCGACGUCGACGGACAAAGUGCUGAAGAAAAAGCACGUGCAUCGAGACCCCAAGCUCGACCCGAUCUCGUCGGAAAAAUCGUACGCAGAGUCGCGGCAUGACUCUUCCAGGAAUGCCGACGACGACGUAUCUCAAAGUGGCGCGGGGGACGGCGGUGCAGCCACCACUGAAGACCAACCCGCAGCGACGACUGCAUCCAUCGAGACGCCACAACCACCGUACGGGGAAGACGAUGGCAGCGGCAGGCUAACCGCGGACUUGGCGGACACAAGCGGCCAAGUCACCGGCACUACCAUGGGUCGGAUCUCAUUCUGCCAGCAAUCAGCCGAGCCAGGCGAUGCCGCGCGCCUACAGAUCCUGGAGCUGUACCAAAGCCAAGAAGAAUUGGUCAGCCACGUCCUACACGUCCAAAACAAGUGGAUGCAGCUUGAGUCCCAGAUGCGGCAGAUGCAACAGGAGCUACAAUUCUACCGAGCGACCUACGGCACGACCACCCGGGAUGCCGCGAUGGGAGAACAGCAGGAGCGAGCCCCGCCGGAGACGACAGCGAUCGUGCGUGCCGUAGCGGCGGGAGAAGUCGUGGCAACAGCUUCGGCGGCGUACAACAUGGACUGCCAGGAAGAGGAACAAUACUAGUCGCAUGACGAGGGAGCAGUAGGACUAGUAAGUUGGCUAUUUAUCUGCGACGACUCGCUCACAGCAUGUUGUUCGAACCGUCGGGGAUCGUGACGGUGAUACCAUCCAUCUCAGGAGUGGCUUUGAUUUGGCACCCGAGUCGCGACGUGUCAGUGAGGCCCCACGCCAUGUCGAGCAUGUCUUCUUCCUCUUCCGUAAUUGGCGGUAGCGUCGCGUAGACGGCCGGUUCAAACACGCAGUGGCAAGUAGAGCAAGCGAGCUCUCCGCCGCAUGCUCCCUCCAGCUCGAUGUCAUUGUUGUGGGCGAUUUCGAGAAAUGUUUCACCGAUGGCCGCCGUCACUUCCUUCUUGGCUCCAUCCGCUUCGACAAACGUGACGCGAAUCUUGUCCGAGAACAAUCGACUUGCAAAAGGCAAGGCGCUGUGGAUGUGCGGUGGCUUCAACGACUUCCAUGCCGUCGUGGACGGACGGGUCGCCGCGCGCAUGGCCGACGACACCACGCUGCGAAGGGCCGAGGACAUCAUCACAGCUGGCUGGUGUG